GGGGAAGCGAUUAGCGCUGCAGCCAAGGAGGCAGCAGACCUUCCUGCCAGGAACAGCCCCCUGGCUUUCUUCAAACUCGUGCAGGUUUUUGUUUGGUUCAAGCGGUGGUUUUCUUUUGAGUGUUAUUUUGGGGGAAAAGUUUGGGCGUGGUCAUCUCAGGUGUCACCAUGCCCAAAGAGUGGGCAGUCUUUACGAGGGAGUGUGGCAACAAGAAGAAAUUCCCAAUCAGCUUAUCAGAGCAUUUGCAGAGGGACAAGCUGGACUUGUUUCAAGUCUGGUUGGACAACAACCACAACCUCAAAGAGCUUCUUGCCUGAGAAUCAGGCUAGUUCACUUUUUUGGUUGCCCCUCAAUCUUUCUUGUUGUUGACCCCAACUUACAUGAUCCUCCCUUUGAUUUGACCUGUCCCAAGGGUAGCGCUGCAAAUGGAGCGUCGGGUUGCGCAUGUCAACCGGGUUCGCACUGGGCGCACGGGGAAGAAGAAACGCGAGCUGCUAGCACUAUACCCUGCGGAGAAGGUGGACAAGUUGUGUGCAUUGCUGGCUUCCAAGCAAAUGUACAUGUGGGACCCUGACUUUCCCAACGAUGAGGAGGAGACAUCCACAUCCACAUCAUUGGUUUGGGCAGGUUCUAUUUUCCCAAUCAAACCAAUUGAUCUCUAUUGAAAAUCCCUUUGAAUUUGUCCCCAUCCAUGUCCCAGGAGAUCUACUACUAUGCCGGGGAUGGAGCCAGGAUCACCCAAGAUGAUGUGACGUCUACUGCGAUGACCUUGCAGGCCCAAACCCAACCUGAUGCCAAAACCCUCUCCGACUUGACAGCGGAGGGCGCUCCUCUUGCGGCUGGAGCUUUGCCAGACCUCCAAACGGUCGGUGCGGAUGGAAGCAAGGGUGUGUGGACGGCUAUGGGCUCUACGGUUUCCAAGGCUAGGAUCAAGAAAAGGGAGGACACCGAACAGGUGGUUGAGGUGAAGCCAAAGACUUUCCAAGAGAGAGCAAAAGACACUAUGAAGGCACUUCUCGCUGAAGCUGGAGAAGCCAGGAAGCUCAGUAUCUCCCUCCAGGCCGUUGAAUAUGGCGGUGAGUUGACAAAGCAGUUGCUGGAUGAGUCCAAGAAAAUGGAAAAGCUGUUCACCAACUACACAGACCUUGUGAAGCGCAAAGUCACCGAUGACUCCGAGUAUGACUCUGCAGCUGAUCAGGCCGACCAGAAAAUGAAAUGGCUUGAGAAGGCUAAGGCUGCGGCAAAAUCUUUGCUUGCUGGCCUGAACAAGAAGGCGCCGAAGAAGAAGGCAGCCAAGAAGGAGAAAGUCGCGGCCGCCUCGUGA